AGCAGACCGCCGCGCUCCGCUGGUCGCAAUGGCAACCGCCGCUCCAACGGGAAGGGAGCGAAAACUUUCCCCUCGCGUGUAAUGUUUCCGGAGGCGCUCUGAGUCACUCGACGAACUACUUUUCCUACAUGAGGACGGAGCGUCCGACGCUGUGACCGGUCCCAAGAUGUCCCGGGGCUGCGCCGUGUCCGUGGAAGAGGUCCAGUCCUGGUGGGAAGUCCCCGCCAUAGCUCACUUCUGCUCGCUCUUCAGGACGGCGUUCCGGCUCCCGGACUUCGAGAUCGAGGAGCUGGAGAAAGCGCUGUCAGAGCAGGACCUGGACUUCCUGGGGGACCUGCUGGCCUGUUUGCUGCAGGGAUGCUACCAGCGCACCGACAUCACCCCGCAGACGUUCAGCAGCUACCUGGAUGACAUCAUCAGCUACAGGUGGGAGCUGGAGGAGGGGCAGCCCAACCCGCUGCGUGACGGGCCCUUCCACGGCCUCCCGCCUCGGACUCAGGUGGAGCUGCUGCACCGGCUCUGCGACUACCGCCUGGAUGCUGCCGACGUGUUCGACCUGCUGAAGGGGCUGGAUGCAGAUAGCCUGAGGGUGGAGCCCCUGGGGCAAGAUGGAGACGGCGCCCUCUACUGGUACUUUUACGGCACUCGUAUGUACAAAGAAGAGCCGGCUGAGAGGAAAGCUGAGAGGCUCAGCAGCGAGUUUGAUCCAUCAUUACCAGAGAAGAAGAGAAGGGGAAGACCACCAAAGAAGCGACAGUUAGAAGACAAUAAUAUGAGUGAAGAGGAAGGUGAUGUAACAGAAGUGAAAACAGACGACGGUCUGGAUGACGUUCCUCCGACCUCAGCUCGUAAACGAGGCGCCUGGUCCCUGGUCUGUGAUACGGAGGAACAGUGGAUCAGCCUGGCUGAGAGCAUCAAGGACAAAACGUCCCCGCAGGACCGGCACCUUUACCGCGUCAUCAGCCAGAACUUCCUGCCUGAGAUCAGCAGCAUGAUCGAGCACAAGGAGCGAGAGCAGAAACAGAAGUUACUGGAUCCGGCGCCGGUCCGGACGUCUCAGGGUUUCUCUGAAAGUCCCGUCGAGCACGAGAACGAGGACAACCUGAAGGGCAGAUCAGAGGAGGAGAGGAGGAAAGACGAAGAACUGGACCGGCAGGUUCUGCUGGCCGAGCAGCGCCGGGAAGAGGAGCGGCUCCUGCAGGAAGAACAGCAGAGGGAGAAGUUAGAGAAGAUCAAAGCUGCCGAGGAGCGAGCCAAGAGGCGGAGGAUGCGUGAGGAGAAGGCCUGGCUGCUGUCUCAAGGAAAAGACCUCCCGCCUGAGCUUCUGAACCUGGAGCCGCCGUCUCCCAUCAAGAGAACGCGAAGGAGCAAAGAAUUUUACGAUAUUGACGAUGACUACACCGCUCUGUAUAAAGUGCUCGAGGCUCUGAAAGCUCAUAAAGACUCCUGGCCGUUCUUAGAGCCGGUCGACGACUCUUACGCCCCCAAUUACCACGAGAUCAUCCAGACUCCCAUGGACCUGUCCACCAUCGAAAAGAAGCUCAGCGACGGGGACUACGUCGCCAAGGAGGAGUUUGUUGCUGAUGUGAAGCUCAUGUUUGAAAACUGCGUGGAAUAUAACGGAGAAGACAGCGAGUACACCAUCAUGGCCGAGUCUCUGGAGCGCUGCUUCAACCGCGCCCUGCUCAAACACUUCCCAUCAGAGGACGGCGACACCGACGAGGAGUUCCACAUCAGCCGGGAAGACAAAGAGCGCAAGGACAAGAAACGGAGCCGUAACAGUCGACAUUUAGGCCCCGAGAGUCUGAUCAGGGCCACAGAGCAGGUCCAGCGUAAACGCAACCCGCAGGGCAAAGGCAGCGCCCCCCCAGAGGCCGAGGACGGCAGGCUGACCCGACCGCAGCGUCCUCCUCACUGGGCUAACGGCCCCGCUCAUCCUCACAGCCUGGCUCCAGGCCAGCAGCACAUGUUCCACCCAGGACAGCAGUUGCGUCCUGCUGCUGGUCCCGCCGGUCCUCAUGGCCCGCAGAUGUACGGCCAAAGGAUAGCGAUGGAUCCUCGCUUCGGCUACCCAGUCCACCUGCCGAGACCCGGAGAGCCCAACUUCAGCCGCUACCCUCACAGUUUUAACCUGCAGAACCGCAUGGCUGACGGGCCUCCCAUGGGCCCCAGGUACCCAGUGGGCCCAGAUCCCACCGCGGCGCCUCGGCAGCAGGGCCACUACAUGGGUCCGACUCACGGUCCGUCGUUGGGGCCGCGGCCCUUGGCCCUCCAGCCGGGACCGCCUCCUGAAGGCAGCAUGUAUCCCCAGCACCAGCGUCCAGAGGGCCACAGCUUGCAUCCGAUGGCCAACAGGUUUUCCGGCUCAGAGGGACCGGGUCAGCACCCCUACCCGGGCCUGAGAUCUCCUGGCAUGGGGGCCUCCAACCUGUGGCCCGGUAUGAACCGGCCGGGCCCCAACGGCGUGCGGAUGCAGGAUCCUAACGCUGCCAACCAGCGCAGCUUCGGUUACGGGGGAAUCCCCCCACCCAUGGGACAUAAGCCGUGGCCGGAAGCUGCCGGCUACCCCCAGCACCCCCCCAACGCGCUGCAUCAGAUGUCUGCUGCAGCCAGCUCCCUGGGGCCCCUGUCUUCUCAGGCCCCUGGGCCUCAGCCAGACUCCACUAGCAGGACUCACUUGUCUUCCAUGCUGGAAAGCCCAGAGAUGCGGGCCCUGCAGCAGCUGUCGGCCUCCUCUGGACCCCCCGCCGGCACCCCUCAUCAGCACACAGGACACUUUCAGCAGCCAGGGGCCCCGUCAGGGUUUGGCAGCAGCCCAGCUCACCCCCCCCAACCCCCCCCUUCCCUUGAGGUUCAGCUGCUGCGUCCUGCAGGAGACAAAGGGGGGGACAGCCAGUCCUCCCAGCAGACGGCCGCGGACCCCAAAGGAACCGUGUCAGAGACCAGAGAAGACGCAGACGUCUCUGAGGAAGCUGCUUCACAGAGAAAUGUGAUCAACCAGGAUCUCAUCGCCUCCCUGAGCCCCUCUGGGCGUUACAGAACCUCACAGGGAAACCCUCCAGGAGCGCCUGAGGCCCGCCAGCAGGAGGCCCGCCAGCAGGAGGCCCGCCAGCAGGAGGCCGCCGGACGCAGCCCCGCUGCUCCGUUAGCCCACACCAGUCCAGAGGUACGGCCGCUGCAUGUCCCUGGUUCCCUGGGUUCUCCUGGGAACCAACCGCAGCGCAGCGAGGAGCCGCAGAACGCCUUAAAACCAGAGAGGACCCUCAGUGAGGGCCCCCCCGCCCCGCCCCUCGCCUCAGAGCUCCACCAUCCUGCUCCUCCUCGACAGAGCAGCCCCGUUCACGCCGUGGCCCAGACCGGGGCUCCGGCCGCCCAGCCCGGCCCCCCGCGGCCCGCCCCCCUCGCCUCUCUGCCGCCCAGCCAUCCUGCCACGCUGCCCCCCCCCCAGCCCGGCCCAGCCGAGCCGACCGGCCGGCCCGACAGAGAGGCCGCCGCUGUCUCCCCGCACCACGCCAUCGUGUCCCCCGGGCCGCCCGCCGGCCUUUACACGCAGCGGGCCUUCAGCCCCAAGCCCAGCCAGGCCCAGGCCGCCGGGGGCAGCGUGGGGGGGCCGACCCAGAGGGGGCCGCCUGCCAGCUACAGCCCCGCCGGCCCGCCCUCCCAGAGUCAGUACGGCAUGGCUAACCCUCUGCAGCCACACUACAGCCACACCAACAAGCCUCCCUCUGCUCACCACACGUAUCACAGCCAGACCCUGAACCCGCUGCACAGCUCCGCCCCCCUGCCUGCGUACCAGCAGCAGGGGGGCGGAGCCUACUCCUACCAGCUACCUGCCCAGCAGCACUCACCUGCCCUCACCAACAUGUACCCACCCCACCAGUACCAGCAGCAGGCCUACUACCCCCAGCCUCACGCCCAAACGCUCAGCCGGGGGGGCUACCCCCCCAAGGACUGGCCCCAGCCUGCGUUCCGGCCUCAGCGGCCCCUCCCACCCAGCGCCUACCUGCCUGCGGGCGCCACGCGAUCCAACGGUCAUUUCAGAGAGAGCAGCGCGUCUCCGCUGGGCUCAGAUUCCUGCGGUGCUGCUGGCCUCCUGUCCCCGGGUCCCGGAGCCGACGCCGGCCCCGAGGAGGAGGCCAGGGAGCGGGGGGGGAGCAGCGCCCCCGCCAAGCAGAGCGAGAGCUCAGAACCGCCAGAGAGCCCCAAACAGAUCCUCGACCUCGACAGCCACAACGCCGCCGCCCGCCAUCGAGCCGCCCCGCCGCUCCAGCUGCAUCCCGCCGCGCACAUAACCUCCGGGUUCAUGUACGACCCCCGCGCCCUGCACCCGGGGGUGCAGCAGGGCGGCGUCCCCCCCCCACACAUGCUGCCUCAGGGCCACGGAGUGGGAAACGGAUCCACGUACCCUGGCCAGCCGUACCCAGAGUCCCGCUACGCCGCCCAGAGACCCCACCCCCAUCUGAUGGAGGCUCUGCAGCGCCCCCAGCAGCUGCCCUACCCCCCCGGCCAGACACGCAUGGCCGUGUACAGACACCCCAGAGCUGGGGGGCACUUUCAGGGCAUGCUGCUCCAGCAGAGAGGCCUGGGUCCAGAGCGCUUCUUACACCCCGGACAACAGAUGAUGGCGGCUCCUGGAGGUCCUGCAGGCAGACAGGGGCCGUAAAACACCGGAGGGUCAGAAUACGGACCCAACAGGCAGAAGCUGCGUCCGGUUCUGGCCAGGCGGCUUCACCGACCCCCAGCAGAAUCAGCCGUCUGGAGGUGCAGAUCCUGCCAGGCGGCUGCUGCAACAAACAGAGAAAAUGUGAAAUAGUUUUGAGCCGCGCGGAUCAAUCGGCUCCGGUCGGCCGGGCAGGACGACGCAGCGGGUCAGCCUGCCCGGCCGGGGGCAUCGCCUUAGCAACACUGGACGGCCCACGCGGUCAGAUUAACUCAGGUGAGGAAGAGGAGGUCCUGUGAGAAGCGGCCUGCAGACGCCUUCGUCCUCGUUGUGAAUGUAUGAGUAAAUGUUGGGACAGGAGAAGCGGCGCCGCGGUUGCACAUGUGAGGACGUACAGCGCCGGUCUCUCCAGCCUCUUUCUGCCCAGAACUCUAAGAACCUUCCUCCACCCCCAGUGAAAUAUGCAUCUUCAAAGCUGCCUUCGUCUUUAAGAAUGUCUUUGCAGAACCGGGCCAGAACCUGGUGCUGCCCUGAUUCUCUGCUCGGCGCCGUUCAGUCAGUCCAGACGCCCCAGAACCGAGUGGCCUUCAGAAACGCGUCCUAAACUACUGAGGCCCCCCCCCCCCUCCCCUGCCUGUUGCUGCGCUGCACACGCGAGGCCGUGGUCCACGCUGGAGCCCAGCCAGAGCUCCGUCUGGUUCUGGUUCUGCUGAUCUCCAGGACGUUCCUCCUCCUGCUGUAAGGUUCUGCUCAGGGUUUCAGAAUACGGGUAUUUUUAUCAGUCCUUUGAGGAAGGAGCAGCACGCCUGAACGGAGACAGCAGCUUUGGUUCUGGCGCCGCCCGGUUCGUCUUCAGCGCUCAGCGGAUUCUCCGCCGUCCGGCAUUAAACUCGACUUCCUGCUCCGCUUCAGUCGCUCUUAGUGCGGUUUAGUCCUCAACUCAAUCUACCUCAACCAGCUGCUGAGUGGCUUCUAACAUCAGCCCGGCUCACCGCCUGUGGACGGGGUAAACGUGGCCUGGAAUGAUGCAUGAUGGGAGAAGAGGACCGGGUGGACUGGUU